AUGCUCAUACAUCGGGAAUACGGCAGCCUGUCCUCACUGGAGAGACAGAUUCAAAUCCAGGAGUUGAGCACCGAUGACCAGGGGCCCCUGAGUCCAAAUGCCCUGAGAUUCAAAGACCCUUUCCUGCUCUUGGGCCUGCAGGGCAACCCUCCGGAGCCCGAUGGCUUCUUUCGGGGUCUGUCUGUUUUGACAGGGGACUCCCCCAAACCUGCCAAGCCACCAAAGCCUGAGGGUCUGGGUAAGAAGUCCAAACCCGGGCCCCUGCAGAUCCCUCAGCCCGGCCCUUAUGACAACCUCGGGGGCGGGGCCUGGGUGAGGAACUUUGCCCACUAUGACGUCCAGAGCAUCUUGUUCGACCUCACCGAGGCGGCCACCAACAGAGACAGCAUCGGGCGGAAAAAGAACAUCACCUCAGGGGCUUCGGCCGCCUCCCAGCUGCGGCCCCUCUCCCAGGCCACGCCCUCCUCACCGGCACAGGGCGCGGGAGGCAACGGGGGGAUUGCAGAAGACCCCGAGCAGUCGCUGCUGGACGAAGGGGACGGCAACGACAACGAGCUGCUGCUCAGCUGCCCCCACUUCCGCAACGAGACGGGGGGAGAGGAGCAGGUGGGCCUGGGUCGAUCCCAGGACCGGCGGGGACUCUGGUUGAGCUUGCGGACCCCCAACGAUGCCGUGUCCGUUCUGGAGGAGCCCAGAGAGAGUCACAUCCAGCAGCAGGGCAAGAGCAACUACUUCAUCGGCCAUGCAGAUCUGGGAGCCCAUUACUAUCGCAAAUAUUUCUACAUGAAAGAACACCAGAAUUUCUUCGGCAUGGACGACCGCCUCGGCCCGGUGGCCAUCAGCUUCCGUCGAGAGGAGAAGGAAGGAUCCAGUGGAGCUCAGUACAAUUACAGGAUCAUCUUUCGCACCACGGAGAUGAAGACGCUGCGAGGUUCCAUCCUGGAGGAGUCUGUGCCGUCUGCUGCUCGUCACACGACCCCCAGGGGCCUGUCUCCCAAGAGGCUGCUGGAGUUCAUCAUGCCUGAGCUGAACCUGCACUGCCUCCGCUUGGCCUCAAACUCGCCCAAGGUCAGGGACACGCUGCUGAAGCUGGACGAACAGGGGCUGAACUUCCAGAGAAAGGUCGGGGUGAUGUACUGUCGGGCUGGCCAGAGCUCAGAGGAAGACAUGUACAACAACGAGAGCUCCGGCCCGGCGUUUGAGGAGUUCCUGGAUCUGCUCGGGGAGCGGGUGCGGCUGAAGAGCUGGGAGAAAUACCGAGCGCAGCUGGACAUAAAGACGGACUCAACUGGAACACACUCCCUCUACACGCGCUACCAGGACUACGAGAUUAUGUUCCAUGUGUCCACUAUGUUGCCCUACACAGCCAACAACACACAACAGUUGCUGAGGAAGCGACACAUCGGAAACGACAUUGUGACGAUCGUGUUCCAGGAGCCGGGUGCUCUGCCCUUCACUCCAAAGUCCAUCCGCUCCCAUUUCCAACACGUCUUCAUCAUUGUUCAGGUUCACGAGCCCUGCACGGAGAACACCUACUACAGGGUGGCUGUGACACGCUCGAAAGACAUCCCAUUAUUUGGCCCGAUGUUCCCCCGGGGCGCCCGAUUCCCUCGCUCGGCUGCCUUCAGAGACUUCCUCCUGGCAAAGGCAGUGAACGCUGAAAACGGCGCCGAGAAAUCCGAGAAGUUCCGCUCCAUGGCCACGCGCACGCGGCAGGAAUACCUGAAGGACCUGGCGGAAAACUACGUGACCACGACACCCAUCGACUCCUCCAACAAGUUCCCCCUGCUCUCCCUGGGCGGCAAGCGCAAGGACAAGCUGAAGGGAGCCAAAGGUGCCGAGCUGCACAGUGCCGGGGCGCUGGUGUGGGCCGUGAUGGUCUACAGCCGAGAUGAGGGCGAGGUGGGAGAGCUCAAGCUGCCCUGUCUGCUGGGGGUGUCGGCUGAAUCGGUGGUGCUCAUCGAGAGGUGCACACGCAAGGUGGUGUUCAACUGCUCCUGCAGAGAUGUAAUUGGCUGGAAAGCCGUGACAGAGACUAAGGAGGGGGGGCCGUGCUUGGAUAUAUUCUAUGAGCGUGGGGAGUCCGUGUCCAUCAGUGUGAUGGAGAGCCAGGUGGAGGACAUACGUGAGGUGGUGCAGAGGCUAGAGCUGGUGACGAGGGGCUGCGAGGCGCUGGAGGUCACCCCUCUGCGAGACGGGGUCGGUCAGCCGGGCUUCCUGAUGAACGAGGAGGGCUUCGUGACGGAGCUGCAGCGGUUCUGCUACGCGGAGAGCGGAGGCCUGCAGCUGUGGGCUCGAGUGGUGCGGCUGUGCGGACACUCGCUGGUUCACCUGAGCCCCGAGGAGAGGACGAGGCUGCUGCGCACGGCGCACAAGAUCCACAUCACUGUCAUCCCGCCGGACGAGAACGGCAAGCCUCGCAGAAGUUUCUCUGAGUUGUACCAGAAAGCCAUCAAGGAUGCGGAGUGCAAGCCUGGCGAGGAUCAGUCGGGAGAGGCGUGGGUGCUGGACGAGAGGGAAGACGAGGAGGAGGAGGCGAGGGAGGACGACCUCAAGGCGGCAGGGGUCAACGAGACAGACGCAAUGGAGGUGCAGGUGGACGCCGAGGAGGCGGAGGAGGCCAAAGAGGUCAUAGAGAUGCUGUGUGAUGAAGGGCAGAGCGAGAGGAAUCGCGCCUCCUUCCUCACGCCGCCCGGCUUGCCCUUGUUACGGGCCACGUCGCUGCAGGACCAGCCGGCCAAUCAGAGCCAGGAGGGCGUCGCCUCGCAGCUCCCGCGCAGCUUCUCUUUGGAGAGGCAGCCGUCCUUCAGGGACACCUGUGAUGGGCACGUGUACGAGAACGAGGAGCUCAAGCCUGAAUGCCACAUCUACGAAAACCUCGGCGAGCUGAGAGACAACACGCCCGAUCUGAUCCUGGCCGUCAAGUCCAAAGUUCCCCUGGAGGACGAACAGUUCAUGGCGGCUGAGUUUGGCGACGACAGGGCAUCGGCGAGCGACUCCUCUCUCUCCUCCUCCCGGUUGUCGUGUGUAGACCGAGCCGAACGGAAUUCACGAGCCCUGAGUCUUCAUAACUCCAUCACCAAGAUUCUCUCAGAGACGACAGAUUCAACGGAGGAGGAGUGGCAGUCCAUUGCUAACCUGGCCACGGCCUGCCGCGGCAUCCUGGAGGCUUUGUCACGAGACGACCGCAAAGCCGGAGACCCGACAGAAGCAGGAGAUGACCAGACUGAUGGCAAGCGGAGAGACUCCAAGGAGAGUGACUCUCCAGGCCUCCUGGAGGAGAAGGUGUCCCAGCUGGAGGCCAUGCUGAAGAAGCUGCAGGAUGACCUGCAAAAGGAGAAGGAGGACAAGGCGGUGCUGCAGGCCGAGGUGCAGAGCCUCAGGCAGAACAAUCAGCGGCUGCAGGAGGAGUCGCAGAGCACGGUGGCCCGCCUCAUCAAAGUCACCGAGCUGCUGUGCAACGUCAACAAGCCCUGCUAGCUCGGCCGCCGCCGCCGCCGCGCACAAACGCAUGAGCUGAUCAGCAGACAGAUGCAAAUCGAACAAUGUCCCUGUGCGCUCAGUGCACUUGAUUUGUUCAUGCAUAUCUGCAAAGGCAAACACACACCGAUCCUCUCCAGUCUGUGUAUUGGCACAGUCUCUGUCCUGAAACCUGCCUGUUGGUGAGGGAGUAUGCAAAUCAACAGACAAAAGACAUUUUUAAGAUCCCAUGACCCUCAUAGACUGACCAAUCAGCAGCUCUCACGCUGCUGGGUUGGCGUUCAAUGCUGGAGUGCUUCUCUUGGUGUGUAUAAGACAGUGUGUGUGUCUGUGCAUAUGAAUGUGUGUGUGUGCGUAUGAAUGUGUGUGUGUGUCCGUCUUUACGUGCAUCUCUUACUGUACUUUGCUUCAAAUACUUGACAAGCUGGGCUGAAUAGCACUUGCAUAAAAAGUGGCAAUUAAGACUGACUGAGAGACACUGUAUAGCAUGUUUAGUGGUGUCUUAUCUGAAAUUACCA